AUGGAAAUAUAUAAUUCUCUCAGAUGUAGAAGAAAUUCAGUUAUUGAUCCAUAUUCAAUUGAUAAAAAUGUACUUACCAAUCGAGGACUUUGGCUUUCAUCUCAAGCUCAACAGGCUCACAUUAAAGGAAUUGGAACUAAGGUUGAAAAGAAGAAGGCAUUUGAAUUAUUAAAAAAGCAUCAGAUUUUAGGACAUAAGUUAACUGAAAGUAAUCUUGCUACAUUAUAUAAAAAAGGAAAAGGUACAAAACAAUGUUAUGAUAAAGCUACUGAAUUGUAUAAUAAAGGAUAUUCAAAUAUGUUUGGAUGGAUAAUUUUAAUUUUGAUAAUGAUGAAAAAGGUGAAAUUAAAGAAACGAUUGCUGGAGGAAAAAUCCACAAGUUUAAUCAAUACUUUUAUUAAUGGAAUUAAAGAAGAUAAGAUUAGCUUUCAUGAGUUUAUAACAAGACGAUUAAUCCUACCAAAGUAUUUGAAAAUUAUAAAACUAGUAAAGGAAUUGAAAAAAUUUAUUUUAUAG